CUGAGCUCUUCCGAUGUGAGGCUGGCCAGCCGGACACCGCUCGCAGCACGGGACGGGCACGCCGCGCGGGCGGACAGCAGUCCGAGGGGACCUCGGGAGCGGAGUCGGACACCCCCGGAGGGAAGAAAUGAGGUAGCGACCGUCCCCAGAGCCGACCAUGCGCGCGCGCCGCCCUCGGCGCCCCGUGCUGCCCCGGUCGAGCCAGCCGGGACAGUGAGCCGGCCGAGCCCGAGUACCCCGCGUCCGGCCGGAGCGAAGAUGCAGUGAGCCACAGCCGGAGUGCUGCGCCGGGCCCACCGCGGCCAGCGGGAGCAGCGUCUGACUGCACUUGGGGCAAGCAGCUGAUUCUGGGACCAGCCCAGUCGAGGGACUCUCGGUCUUCCGCACCCCUUGGGGUAGGGGAGCACUGGCCCCUGGGCACACUCGCCAUCCAGUUUCCGCAGCUUCUAGUCUCAGCCCAGGGGAUUGUGUGUGUGUGUGUGUGUGUGUGUGUGUGAGAGAGAGAGAGAGAGAGAGAGAGAGAGAGAGAGAGAGAGAGAGAGCGGGGGAGUUCCACGUUCGCCCAGGAGUUCCUGCAUAUUCUCGCCCCGUCCCGGCUGCUUUGGCCGGGGUCCCCUCUCUUUGCACGCGCGCAUCUUUUUCCCGUUCUACUCUCAUUCCGUCUUUCCUUUUGCUUGCCUAAGACUCUUAGUCCUGGUCCUUGACCGGGCUGGGGUAAAUCUGUGCGCGCUCCCCCCCCUCCCCCGCCGCCCCUCGCAGCUGAAUAUUUUCUUUCCAUUAAAAAUUUUUACCCAUACCUUCUUCGGUGGGGUCCCCGAGCAUUCUACUCUCUACCCACUUCUCUACCACUGGGCCACUCUCAGCAGAGUUUUAUUUUUCUGUCUUGCCCGGGCCGAGCCCGGCCGGGGCGGGUGGCUCAGCUGGGCUCGCACCCGGCGCUCCGCCGCCGCCGCCCAGCUGCGCGGGGGCGCCCUCCGGAGAUGCUGCCGUGGAAGAAGCACAAGUUCGAGCUGCUGGCCGAGGCGCCGCCACGGCAGGCGUCCAAGCCCAAGGGCUACGCGGUGAGCCUGCACUACUCCGCGCUCAGCUCGCUGGCGCGGGCGUGCCCCGAAGGCGCGCUCAGCCGGGUGGGCAGCAUGUUCCGCUCCAAGCGCAAGAAGCUGCACAUCACCAGCGAGGACCCCACUUACACCGUGCUCUACCUGGGCAAUGCCACCACCAUCCAGGCGCGCGGCGACGGCUGCACUGACCUAGCGGUGGGCAAGAUUUGGAGCAAGAGCGAGGCGGGCCGUCAGGGCACCAAGAUGAAGCUGACUGUGAGUGCGCAGGGCAUCCGCAUGGUGCACGCCGAGGAGCGCGCACUGCGCCGCCCGGGCCACCUCUACCUGCUGCACCGCGUUACCUAUUGCGUGGCGGACGCUCGGCUGCCCAAGGUCUUCGCCUGGGUAUACCGGCACGAGCUCAAGCACAAGGCGGUAAUGCUGCGCUGCCACGCGGUGCUGGUGUCCAAGCCCGAGAAAGCGCAGGCCAUGGCCCUGCUGCUCUACCAGACGUCGGCCAACGCACUCGCGGAAUUUAAAAGGCUCAAGCGGCGGGACGAUGCGCGUCACCAGCAGCAGGAGCUGGUGGGCGCGCACACCAUCCCGCUAGUGCCGCUGCGCAAGCUGCUCCUGCACGGACCCUGCUGCUACAAGCCGCCGGUGGAACGCAGCCGCAGCGCGCCCAAGCUGGGCUCCAUCACCGAGGACUUGCUCGGCGAACAGCAGGAGCAGGAGCUGCAGGAAGAGGAGGAAGAGGAGCACACCGAGGGCUGCCUGGAGGAGGAGGAGGAGGAGGAGGAGGAGGAGGAGGAGGAGGAGGAGGACCACCGUGUUGGGGAGGAGGACCCGCCAGCGGAAGAGGCCGAGGCGCAGCGGGCGCUGGUGGUGGCCAUGCACUUGGAAUGCGGGGACUUGCUGGACACGCUGGAGAGUGGCCGCGAGGAGGCGCUAGGGGGUGGCGGGGACUCGGUGGGCCCCGGGGCUGGGCCGCCGCCUCUGCUGCUGGGCAGCGCCUCUGACGUGAAGGCCGAGCUGUCGCAGCUUAUUAACGACCUUGGCGAGCUCAGCUUCGGCAACGACGUGCGCAGCCUGCAGGCCGACUUGCGGGUGACGCGCCUGCUGUCCGGCGAGAGCACCGGCAGCGAGAGCUCCAUCGAAGGUGGGGGCCUGGACGCCUCCUCGGCCACCGCCGGGGACCGGUCGGGCCCUGACGACAGCGCGGGCCCAGAGGAGCCCCACUAGGGCUGAGAUCCCAGCAGCCUCCUGCGCGUGUCCCUAGCGCCCCACCGUGACUCCCCACGGGUCUUUUCGACAACCUCCUUACCCGCAGUUCUCCUCCCCCCUCCCCCAUCCCACCGCCCCCCUCCCCAGAAGCGGGGAAAUGGUACACUUGAGGCCCAGAGUUACCCUGCCCCUCUCCUUAGGCACAUUUGGCUCUGUUUGAAGAGGUGAAGAGGGCUGAGGUUGCGGGUGGAGACAUGCGAGGGGGCAAACCCUGCACGGAAGGAGAGAGAGGCAGGGGUGAGGGAAGGGCCCGCCGGUUAGCGGUCCCACAGGCAAGAGGUGCCUGCCGGCCAGUUUCCUGUUUGUGGGGCAGCUGGGGCCUGAGGAGGAGGGGUUAAUUUCCUCUCCACCCCCGCCGACCCGCCGGAAUAACAGUAACUGGGAGCCGCCUAGCGCUGUCCUUGACAUGUCAUUAAAAAAAAAAAAAAAAUCUGCUCUCAACAAUGUUUGAGGCUCUAAUGCCACCUCCUUGCCCCA